AUACGCAAUUUCCCUCGGGCGCAUCUCAACACAGACGUAAUGGCGCAUGGCUCUGUCCCUAAUGGCAAGCCCAGUACCUGGCAUGGCGCUGGAGCCGCCGAGUUCGACUUGCGUAGCGACACAAUGACCAAGCCUACGCCGUCUAUGCUUGACGCGAUCUGCCAAACGACCUUGUUAGACGACGUCUUCAAUGAGGACCCCACUACCAACACCUUACAGAGCUACGUGGCAGAGCGAACUAAGCACGAGGAUGCUCUCCUAGUCCUGUCAGGUACGAUGGGUAACCAAGUCGCUAUUCGUUCGCACCUAGCACAGCCGCCGCACGCCGUCUUGUGCGACCAUCGAUCUCACAUCAUCUGCUACGAGGCCGGGGGUGUGAGCGCCUGGACCGGAGCCACGGUCCAGACCGUUGUACCAAAGAAUGGGAUUCAUUUGACCCUCGAGGAUAUUCAGAAGCACGCUGUCCUCGAUGACAACAUCCACCAUUGUCCUACCAAGCUGAUCAGCUUGGAGAAUACCCUGGAUGGUAUGAUUCUGCCUCUGAGUGAAGCUCGUCGUAUCGUCGAAUGGGCUCAUGCAAAUGACAUCAAGGUGCACUUGGACGGUGCCAGGCUAUGGGAGGCUGUAGUGUCGAGCGCCGGUAGUCUGGCCGAAUACACGAGCAUUUUCGACAGUGUUAGUCUGUGCUUCUCCAAGGGCCUUGGAGCACCAAUCGGCAGCAUUAUCGUUGGUUCCCAGGCCUUCAUCAAGAAGGCCCGCUGGUUCCGCAAGUCCAUUGGCGGUGGCGCCCGCCAGACGGGCAUUUUUGCUGCCGCAGCCCGAGUGGCCCUCGACGAAACCUUCGGAACGGACAACCACGGCCAGACCGGCAAGCUGUCCGCUACCCAUGCAAAGGCUAAGCAGGUCGCAGACCUCUGGACCAGUCGUGGAGGCAAGUUGCAGUAUCCCGUGCACACCAACAUGGUGUGGCUGGAUCUGGAGGCGUCCGGGGUGGGCCCCAAUGACCUGACGGUGAUUGGGGAGGAGAAAGGUCUAAGACUACUUGGAGGACGAGUAGUCCUCCACUACCAGGUAUCCGACGAGGCAAUUGCGCGCCUCGAGCAGGUGUUUGACAUUGCCCUGAAAGGGGAGUAUCAGCGCAGUGAUGAUACGAGUAAGCCUUAUGGCAGCAGCAAAAAGUCGUAG